AUGACCUCUUUGACGUACAACGACUACACAAUCGCGUGGAUAUGCGCCUUGCCGCUGGAGAUGGCGGCGGCCCGCGUCAUGCUAGACAAAGCCCACAGUCCGCUGCCUAAACCUUUCACCGACCCGAAUGCCUACGAACUUGGCGAACUAAACGGCCACUAUAUUGCCAUUGCCUGUCUACCAGCUGGUGUAUACGGCACCGUGUCUGCUGCGGUCAAACAGUGGCAAGGAUACGCAGCGUUGACAGCGGCUGCUUAUGCAAAAUUGCUGCUGUUGGCUAUUCCUAUUAGCUGUCCAGAUGUCAACUUAAUGAAAAGCAAGAAGGUGAGGCACUGGGUAGUACCGCUCGCAAGGAAUCCGAAAUUUGUCGGUCGCCAGGAUGAAAUCAUGAAAUUGGAAGGACUAAUCAUACUGCAAAAUGGGCCCAGGAGGAUCACUAUCACUGGGUUGGGAGGAGUUGGGAAGACGCAAGUGGCCCUUGAGCUAGCAUAUCGCAUACGGGACCGAGACCAAGAGUGCUCGAUCUUCUGGAUCCCCUGUACCAGCCAUGCAAUGAUUGAGCAGACAUUCCUGCAUAUUGCACAGAAACUUGGACUUCAUGAUGUGAAUCCCGCAGAGGUUAAAGAACAGGUUAAGAUAUACCUCAACUCUGAGCGUGCAGGAAAGUGGCUUCUGGUUUUUGAUAAUGCAGAUGAUGCAGAGAUGUGGUUUACCGGUAGUAAUGCAGCUCCACCUCUUGAGGACUUUCUCCCUGAGAGUGAACAAGGCCGUAUUUUGUUCACCACCCGAAACCGAAAACUCGCCAUGAAGCUUGCACCAUUUAAUAGAUUGGCACACGAGGAUUUGCCGAGAGAUAAUACCACAACCGCUGCCCUUCUUGAACGACUAGUCUUUCUCCCAUUGGCAAUUGUGCAGGCGUCAGCAUAUAUGAUCCAAAAUGGUAUCACUUUGUCUACCUAUCUUUCACUUCUCCAAGAGCAGGAACAAGAUGCCGUGGAUCUUUUGAGCGAAGAAUUAAGGGAUCCAGGACGUUAUAAUGAUAUCCAGAACCCCGUGAUCACCACCUGGUUAAUAUCCUUCCAACAAAUUCAACAUCAAGACCCAUUAGCUGUUGACUAUCUAUCUUUCCUCGCCUGCAUCGACCCACGAAACGUUCCCCAGUCCCUCCUUCCUCAACCAACAUCCAGAAAGCAGAAAGUCGAUGCUCUGGGGCUUUUAAAUGCAUACUCGUUUACGAAUGGCCAAGAGAGGCAUAUAGAUAUGCACAGACUUGUGCACAUUGCAACUCGAAACUGGCUCAGAAAGAAUGCAUUAUUUAGUCACUGGAUCCAACGAGUGGCUAAGCAUAUGCAGAAUCUGUUUCUAGAUGAUCACCACACGAAUCGAGGACUUUGGCGGGAAUACCUUCCGCACGCUUUAACACUUGUGCAUGAAAAUGAAUUUGCCAUGAAAGAGGGAGAUUACCUCGAUUUAAUUGAAAAGAUUGCAAAUUGCCUUUCCAGUGACGGAAGAUAUCAAGAAGCAGAAGUACUUUACAAGAAGCUGAUGAGGAUCAAUGAGGAGAAAGCUGGUCCUCAAAAUCCUUCCACUCUGUCCAGCAUGGCGAACCUAGCAUCAACCUACUGGAAUCAGGGUCGAUGGAAUGAAGCUGAGAAGCUAGACGUGCAAGUAAUAAAGAGAUCUAAGAUAGUGCUGGGUGCUGAGCAUCCCUCCACUCUGUCUAGCAUGGCAAACCUAGCAUCAACCUACCGGGAUCAGGGUCGAUGGAAUGAAGCAGAGAAGCUGGGCGUGCAAGUAAUGGAGACCAGAAAGACAGUGCUGGGCGCUGAGCAUCCCUCCACUCUGACUAGCAUCAAUAACCUUGCCCAUACUUGGAAAUCACAUGGAAAGCUCCAGGAUGCCUUGACUUUGAUGAAACAAUGCUCCGACCUGCGCAACAGAGUAUUAGGGCCUAGUCACCCACGUUCCAUGUCAUCCUCUCGUGCUCUCAAUGAUUGGAUGGAUGAGUAUAAUGUCUUAAUAGAUCAAACACCUCUCGCUAAGGAAAAAUGUCCGCAGCCUCGGCGGGAAGUUUCUGCAGAAUCUUCAGCAACUGUGGUAACCACCUUGUUGACCUGUGAAGAGCACGUCAAUCUACCUUAUCCUCUAAGACGAUCAGCUGCUACAUUAUUCCUUAAAAGCCAUCCUCUCAUUAUUGCUGCCAGAAGACCCUCACCCGUGCCAGAAGGCCAAAGCUCACAGGAUGUGGAUUAGUCUCGCUGUCUCGCACCGCCUUAUCCUUGCA